GGGUUGGAAUCGGGUCGUUGCGUUUCUUCAUCUGAAGGGACUUCGGAGAGUUCUCGCGUUGGCACAAAACCUGUCUUGAAACCAACGCUAAAAGCGGAAUCAGUAACCGCCAAAGACCUCGAUACUCCGUCUUCCAGUGAUGCUGCAGCAGCAGCAGCAGCAAAACGUAGUGUUACGUUCCGUGAUGGUCAUGGCUCGAAAACACGUGCUUCGUCACGUCGAUUGAAACAGCUUCACGUCAGUGAGGAAUGCGUGUGCUUUCUUCCCAACGAUGAUAAUUGUUGCUUGCAUUUGAGAAGCUCGGAUGGUGCCAUUGUGGAAUGUGCUAAUGUACAGCAGUACUGCAUACCGGCUCUAAGGAACGAGGAGUCAAUCGAUGUGAUGAUUUUUAGGAAUCUGUGGUGCACCGUCAAGCUCUGUGAAUAUGAUGGCAAAACAGCGAUGUGUAUAUCAUCACGCGGAAUGUCGUUUAUCUACGAAAUAUAUGAGUUUGCAUUAACUCCUCAGAAUGAAUCGGCAGAUGAGGAAUUGGGAAUACGACUUGCGCAUCAUCGUGUUCCAGCCCUUCAUCGAACGACUUAUUUUUCAAAUUCCGAAAAGCCAGUGGCCCGUGAUAUUCUCUUGUUUAGGCCAGCUUUUCAGGAUUUCAAAAAUCUGCCGGUACCAUCUUCACCGUUUCUGGUGGCGGCAUUUAUUCAUCACUCAGAAUCGAUUUGGGCAAAUGUGAUACCGCAAAGACUUCUGAUAAGGCUUGGCCUUCAGGCCUCAUUUUAUCCGACGCCACUAAUAAAUGAUUUGGAGCGGAAGCCCGUAUACAGCGCAAUAUUUGAUACAAGUGUGCUCAAAAUGUUCAACGAUUUCCGGAACUGGCGCUUUCGCAUGCCGGUGAUUUGUGGCAGCACGCUAACGAUUAAGGAUAACAACGAAACUCAUCUGAUCGUUCCGGCGUGGGCGAACGAUGAGAUUGCAAAGCUGAUCAAAACAAAUAAAAAUAUGCUUUCCUGGGGCUUGGACUUCAACACAGAUGCAGACAGUCAUCUCGUCAGCGAACAGGAUGAACAGGCCGGCUCUUUCGACUCACAGAUUUUUACGAAUGGAAUUGCAAAACUGAUCAAAACGAAUAAAAAUAUGCUUUCCUGGGGCUUGGACUUCAACACAGAUGCAGACAGUCAUCUGGUUAGCGAACAGGAUGAACAGGCCGGCUCUUUCGACUCACAGAUUUUUACGAAUGGAGUGGGAAAUCGAAAAUGUAAUUGA